CGAAAACCUGCGCCCUUAGGUUAUACACUUAUACACAUAUCAUGACAUAUUUACCCAACGUUACUCUGCUGAAACGAACGAGAGGAAGACGACCGCCGCCGCAUGUGUAAGUAUUUGUGCGACCGGGAUGCUGUAUCAUCGCUCAAGGAGGAAGAACAACCACCGGUGAGGGCUGAACCGACAUCCAUUUCGCCGGAGAAGAAGACCCAAUUGCAUGCUGGACUGGUUCACCUAUACGUCGCCGAACUCGAACCAACAAAGACGCUAGAGACGGAAAUACGUAGCAGAUCCGCCGUCGCUGUGCGUGUUGAUUCGUUUGCACUGGAGGGAAAAGAAUCCAUUGUUGCCGGACCAAGUUCUCGCCUCGCCGGAAGAAUAAGGUCGUCGUUCACCAAAGGGGCCGGGGAACCAGUGGUGUCGCCGGAGUAGUAGACUGCAGAGGUCGCCAUCACAGGAGGAAGACCGCUGCUGACCGCCAGCUGCCGCCGAUGAAGCUGCGUUGACGCCUUACCCUUCUCUGCGUCAAUAUCGUCGAAGAAGGCAAACGGUGACACUCACUUUGAUGACGAUGUUGAUUUCGAGAGAGCUUCCGCUAGAGAAAAUUUCAGGUUGGAGUAGGGCUGCUGCAGGCCUGCAACUAAUACCAAUUGGAAGAAAGUAUUUAUCUUGCUAAUCAUAAGAGGCUCUACUUUCUGGGGACGCAUUCCAUCCAGGUUGAACUAGUCUAUCCAACGUGUCCACUUUCAUUCCAAACUGUUAGCUCUUUUGUAAAGAGCACCACCAACGAGGGCAACAAGUUCAUGUUGUAAGAGACCCAAUUUCAGCCUUUUAUAGUAGUGCAACAUUUUUCUUUUCCAAGCUUGCUAUACUGUGCAGCCUUUUAUAUAUGAGCUUUAUGAGGUGUAUCAUGUGCAGCCAUUUUAAGUUUUGUAAAUAUGUGUAGUAGAGGUUAUUGGCAGGACACUAAGCAAAAGUGUCAUCUGUUCUAUGUGCAUACUUUAACUAGUGUUUAUUGGCAUUGCAAUAAUCAAGAGUUUAUUG